AUGAGGAGGAGAACAGUCCUCAGGAGCAGGGAGAAGCCAGAGCAGAAGCAGCUGAAUGAGGAGCAGGAAAAGCCUCCCCUGCCCUCAGCAAACCGCCCCCUUUGUGAUGAGCAGAUGUUUCUGGUGCGGGAUACACCCGUGAGCCAGCUCGGUUCCUCAGGUCUGACUACAACCGAUCAAAAGUUCUGUAAAUCCUAUUCAUCCUGCUGCUCCCUCCUAAGCAAUACACGCACGAUUCCACCGGUUUUAUCGCAAAACAGAGGGAUCAUCAGGCAGAACUGUGAUUCUGGGCUCCCUUCCCCACUUCCUUCUGAUUCCUUUAAGUAUCUCAGCUGGUGUGACAUAGAAGAACAUGAUGUUCGAGGAAGUCAGCUUCGUUGUCCCCGAGUAAGAGAAGGGCCUUCAAAAGAAGAGCUGUUUUUCAGAGGAGAAGAACAUACUUUGAAAAAAAGAAAACAAGUAACUGACACAGAGAAGUGGCAAAAGAAACUGCAAGAGAACUGGGAAAACUGUGCGGAGCUGAACCUUUCAUUCCAAGACCUGGGUGAUCUCUACCAGGUGGAGAACUUCAAAAGGAUUCUCCAAAGAUUAAUUCGUGUGGAAAAACUUUGGUUGGUGGACAAUUCUUUGACAGACCUAAGUGCCAUAAGGUUGCCAAGAUGCAGAGAACUAAAUGUCAGUAAAAACCACUUUACAUCCUUCAAACAGCUGCCAAAGAUACCUCAGAUUCAGCACUUAUCACUCGCUGAAAAUAACAUUAUGACACUAAGUGGAAUAUCAGACUUCAGACAUACCCCACUUGAAUCCCUUAUACUCAAGAGGAAUCCCUGUGAAUUUCAAGAAAGAUACAGACAACUCGUAUUCUCCAGUUUGCCAAAUCUGAAAAUGCUGGAUGGUAUCCCAAAACUGCCAGAGGACUGUUCACCCCCAGAUAUCAGGGUUUUUUUCAAAAUGUGUACUAUACUGUAGCACUGUAUUUUUGUAGGAUCACAACUGGGCUAGAAUCACCUCGCUUAAAA